AUGUCUUUAGUUAUACCUGAGUCACCAAUGUUUGAAGUUGCCAAUAACGGCAAAAAGUCCCUGCGGGUCUAUAUUAAGAACCUUCAUUUUAAUACAUCUGAAGAAGAAUUGGAAGUAUUUUUAAAGAAAUACGAACCCAGACACCGGCCAUUUGGAAUUGCAUAUGCUGAAUUUAGUAGCGUGGAGCAAGCAAGCAAAGUGGUUAAAGAUUUGAAUGGAGCUUUGUUUAAAGACCGUCAGAUCUUCGUGAAGCUUCAUGUACCAUUCAGUCCGACUGGAAAGCCCAUAUUUGGACGUAGAAAGACCAGUUCGGGUGCAGAGAAGCUAGGCGACGCCAGCAACAAGGUCAACUUGAGUGCCAAAACUGACAAGCCAUUGUCUUCUGAUACAAAGGACUUUGAUGGGGUAGCAUCAACUGUUCCCAGGUCCAUCAAUAUUGAAGAUAUUCCGUUCACAGACGAACCAAAAAAGGUACAAGAUGAAGAUGUGCAAAAAAAAUUGUCAAAUGAUACUAUCUUUAUCGGCAAUGCUGUUGAUAAGACGGUUGAUAAAGACGUCCGGGAAUUUUUUAAGGAUUAUUAUCCCACGCAAGUAUUUAUCUUUAGGGGAGCUAACCAAAAACGGAUGCAAAGAACUAUUUCAUUGAGACAGAAAACAGUGAGUGUUCUUGUGACUCUUAAGAAAGAAGAAGACUUGUCUAAAGCAAUUAGCGAGUUGAAUUCAAAGAAACUCAAUGGAAGGGCUGUGUACUUGAAAGCUGCCCAUUUGUCAAAGAUCGAAGAGGUUGUUAAUGCAGCAAAGAUCACCGCUGUUCCCUCUAAAUCACCACCAACAACAGCAACGGCAGAUGACGAGGCUCAAGAACAAAAAGGUAACACCACUGCAGAAACGAGUACUUUGCUUGAGAUGUUCAAAGACACCCAGAAGAAGAUUCAGGGCAAAUAUAAAGAAACCAUUGAGAAGCAGAUCAGACCCAGUGACACUCCACUUGGAGAAGAAGAAGAAGAAGAAGAAGAGGGGGACGAAACAAAGCAGGGUGUUCCAAACGAAGAAAUGAUUGUCGCUUAA